GUUUUGGGGUCCGGUGUAUAAAGACAACGCCAAGGACAUGGGAACAUGCAUAUAGGAGCUGUACAUUGGCUAAACCUACCUACUCAAACAUCCGGUAUAUUCAAAGAAAUCGUCCAUAUUGGAUUGGUUUGGAAAGAUCCGUAGAAAGUAAAUGGAUUAACGGGACACCAACUCAAAGCAACAGUGACAGCUAUUACCAAGACCGGCGGUGUCUUGGUGUGCGUAGCAAUGGUUCAUCCUUGCUCUUCUACUGGUACAAUUGUAGUCGUCGGCUUCCAGCUCUUUGCAACACAGUAAAACGUGAAUCAACGCCAUUGAUAGGUGAAACUACGUCAACAGUACAGCCAUCGACAAAAGUGCUACGGGCAUCGACACAUCGUUCUUCAGCUGUGACAAUAUUUCCGGCGUCGACUCCUGAACCGACAGUCUCAACUCCGACGGAUUUCUCACCAACCGACCCUACACCGACAUCUGGAGAACGUACCACCUCUCAUCCCGUGAAAGGUUUUGUUAACAAAGGAACAGACAAUGGAGAAGAUCACCCAACUGGGUUUACAGUGAUCUACAUAGUGGGUGCAGUGGGUGUCCUGGCGGUGGGGAUUGUUAUCACCCUGGUUCUUGUGUUCUUGAAAAGACAAAGGCGCUACUGUUUCAAGUUGGAAGACGAGAGAGAAGAUGGUGUCCAUUAUGACAGAGGUGUAGAAAACCGAUCUUAUUCUCCUGCUGGUCCAGGGUCACAAAGUGCCGCAAAUGAAGAAGCACAUCCUUCUCCAGCACGAACUGAAAGGAAAGCCCCUAUGUCAACAAAGAAGUCAAAUAUUCCUAAUGAAAAUACCGUCAGCAACAACGGUUUCAAACAAGACGAAAGUGUUAACAACGUCCCGGACGAAACGUCUCCUGCAAAGCCAUCACGAACUGGACACCUAAAUGUAAGGAAAAGCACCGCUGCCGAUCCUUCUGACAAAGGAGCAUGUUUUGAGGACGAGGGUCAAUACAACGUCCUACACGGGAAAGUGUUUGCAGGGGAAAGUAACUCUGGAAUGUAUGGUCACCUUGGUCAAGGUGUAGGUGAUGUGGAGUAUGAUACAACAAGGCAUGUGCAAAAUACAGGACGGUUCAACGAUACAUACAACCACAUUGGCCCGAACAAGGAACCUAACGCUGAUGAUGAAGGUCAAUAUAAUGUGUUACGCAGAGAACGACCCCAAUCAGCAGCUGAUGGCAGUACAGGAAUAUAUGACCACGCAACAACCAGUGCAGACCAACGGAGCAAGGCCCCAGCCGUACAAAGACCGAGUCACCAAGUGGUGGAUGACAUAUACAGUCACGUUGACAGAGCCAGCAAGAGACCGAUGCAAGAUAAAGUCGAUAUCACGAUGGAAGGCAAGGAAUAUAAACGUGAUGACGCAAAGAACAUUGGUAAAGUGGACGUUGAGUGUGGCAGCGCAGGUGUUUUGGAUGGUAACAGUACAGAACACGUGUACGGUAACACGGGGGAGAUAAUCGGUCCCUGCAAUAGACCGCGAUGUGUUGAGGAUGAAGCCGACUAUUAUAACAUUGACUCAGUACGAGAGUCCAAGCUGGGCAGUACGUCAAAGGAAGACGAGGAGGUCGGAAACAACGUAUACAGUCUUGCACAUGGAUUUUCUGACAAAUAAAACUGGGAGUGAGUAUGGUUUUAAGCCGCUUUUAGCAAUAUUCCAGCAAUAUCACGGCGGGGGACACCAGAAAUGGGCUUCACAAAUUUUACCCAUAAGGGGCAUCGAACCUGGAUCUUCGGCGUGACGGACACUUUAUCGAUUUGGCUACCCCACCGCCCGGCCUAUUAUGGAACAUAUUUAAGGUAAAAGGGAGGUAUUUGUUUUACUGUUUGUUUACUGGUUGUAGGAAGCCUACACCUGUAUUUACACUUGACACAAUGUAUCCCUGUAAAUUUAAUGUGCUUAAAUGUAUGUAUAGCGACGUGGUACCUUCUUUUAAGCUUUGCUUUCGUACUAUACAGAUCUAUUUGACAAGUCAUGAAGUGUUAGUUAAGGAUGUAUGCUCUCACUGUUACUGUUUUACAUGGACAUACAUAAGCUGGAAAGUGUUAUGAAGGUGAUGGCACUCAUGGUAUCUUCAUUGAUUGUGAUAUUGGUGAAAUAUACUGAGAGAAACAAAUAAAGGAUCAAAGGAAAAUUCAAGCGUUCCUUUAUUAU